AUGAAGCUCUUUGAAAUUCAGAUUCUAGUUUUUGUGGCUCUAUUGUUUGUGUGUCCCUUGUUUGUUCAUGGAUGGGGGGUUGAUGGGCAUCUCACAGUUUGUAGGAUUGCUCAGCCGCGAUUGAGUGAAGCAGCUGCAAAUGCUGUGAAGGAUCUGUUGCCAGCGUCUGCGGAUGAUGAUUUAGGGAGUUUGUGUUCUUGGGCGGACAGAGUCAAGUUCCACUAUCCCUGGUCAUCACCACUUCAUUACAUUGAUACCCCUGAUAAUCUCUGCACUUAUCUGUACUCCAGGGAUUGCAAAGAUGAAAAUGGCACAAAGGACAGGUGUGUAGCAGGGGCAAUCAACAAUUACACCUCCCAGCUCCUCAGUUAUGGAAAAGAUGCUGCUUCUCAAUAUAAUCUCACAGAGGCCCUUCCAUUCCUAGCCCAUUUUGUGGGAGAUAUUCACCAGCCUCUUCAUGUAGGAUUUACUUCAGACAAGGGAGGCAAUACAAUUGAUGUCCACUGGUACACAAGAAAGACAGUUCUGCAUCAUGUCUGGGAUGAUAACAUCAUCGAGACGGCUGAACAAAGAUAUGACAACUCUGAUGUGGAUGAGUUGAUUGAUGCACUCCAAAAGAACAUAACAGCUGAAUGGGCAGAUAAAGUAAAGACAUGGGAGACCUGCAGCAGUGGCAAGCCACCCUGCCCAAAUGUAUAUGCAUCUGAAAGUAUUAAAGCAGCCUGUAAUUGGGCUUAUAAAGGUGUCAGUGAAAAUUCAGUACUAGAAGAUGACUAUUUCCUGACUAGGUUACCAAUAGUCAAUUUGCGACUAGCUCAAGGUGGAGUCCGCCUGGCAGCCGCCCUGAACAGUAUAUUUGGAUGAUAAAGAAUGUAAAACGUCAUCACAUAUUACAUAGCACCAUAUGGACUUUUUGCAUAUCCUAAGAAUUGCUUGCCAAUCAUUGGGAGCAAAAUGCCAUAAGCUCUAAUGCCACCAAGGGCUUUCUUGGUAAUAACUUUCGUCUUUUUCUUGGAACAAAUGUGGUCGAGGCCAUAUUUGAUAUAAAUUACAGUUUGCAGGG